CAGCAACGGUCCAACCUCACCAGGUUUCUUCCGCUGUGUUUCGCUGCUGCAUACCCACUCCUCUGCCAUGCUCAGUACUUCCAAGCAGGGCUCUGCUGCGUUCCUGCCAACGCCAGGGGAUAUUCACAAUCUCUGCGCCUGGCUGGACCGGCUCCCACUCAGCCGCCCCAAGCGCCACUUGGCUCGGGACUUCAGUGAUGGUGUGCUGGUGGCCGAGAUUGUGAAGUACUUCCGCCCUCGGCUAGUGGACUUGCACAGCUACAUCCCAGCCUGCAGUACAGACCAGAAGCUGAGCAACUGGAGCCUUCUCAACAGGAAAGUCUUCCGCAAGCUACACUUGUGUAUCUCAGAUAAUGAUAUCCAAAGGGUGGUAUCCAACAGGCCUGGAGUGAUCGAAUCUAUCCUAUGUGCACUGAGGGAGAAGAUGGAGGCCAGUGCUGUUCAUGUAGGCUCAGCUAGUACAGCUGAUCCAGGACUCUCUGGUGUGGAUGCUGUCCGACCUUGGGGGGAGCUUACCUCCCACUCACAUACCACUAAGAUUCAAGAUCCUAAUGUGGAUAACUGCAGCCUGUCAGAGCCCCUCUGGGACUCCUACAGAGAACAUCACUACAUUCCUGAAAGCUGGGUGCAUGAUGAUCUUGAGCUCCCAAACCUUCAAAAGAAGGCCUACAGAGCCCUCCAGCCCCCUCCAGCACGAAGAUCCUUCAGAAUCAAAGGGAUAUGGAGAAAAUGGGCUGCUGUGCUUGCAGAGGGGACUCAAUUGAAGGGCUCUGGGAUCACCUGGUCAGCAUCCAGCAGCAGCUGGAGGAUAAGGAGCAAGCACUAGCCAUUCUGCAGGAGACAGUCAAGAUUUUGCAGAUGAAGGUGAUGAGGUUGGAACAUCUGGUACAGCUGAAGGACCAACGGAUCUGGGAGCUGAUGAGAACUGGACCUGAGGAGCAUCAGAUCUGGAGGAGCCCCCAUCCAGAGUCGUUCAGACCUUGACCCUGAGCCCAACCGGAGCUUCUCACUGAUCAUGCAGCCUCAGAGUGAGAUGUGAGGUGUGGAGGCCCGAGCACACUGGGGCUGGAGACGAGUUUGGACAGAUUUGAGUUUGGUUCUCCCAGGCCCCCAGUAUCUUGUCAUCAUCAUCGAUUUACUGCAUUUGUGAA